AUGCCAGUGAGAGAGUUCUUCAGCACCUUCUCAACUUUCAGAACUAUAUGUUCAUUGCAUUGUGUUGAAUCAGAUAUUCUCCAUGUGACCGAGUCAGAGGCGUUUGAUGAGGAGGAGCUCAAUCCUAGGGAGCGUUUUAAGAAGUUUGGCCAUGCUAGCAAGGCAAGGUGUGGAAGGCUGACCUACCCAAAAAAGGGAUGGAACUUGUGCUGCAAGUACACAAUUUUUCUUUUAACUUGGAAUGCAGGAAACGGGGAUGUACAUGUUGUACUCAAGGGUAGGAUUAGGGUUAUAGAGGUUGCAUUGUCAAUGCAAUACCUUGAGAAAUUCUCUAAUGCAUGGUCAAUUGCAUUUUCUGGUACUCAGAAUUUCUCCAUUCUUCGAAAGGACGAAGCAUGGAGAGUUAAUGUACGGAUUCAAGGUUGUGACCUCAACCAUGGCUAUCUAUGUGGCACUAUGGAAGCACUUGAUGUUCCUAUGGCAGACUCACCAGUUGUUACUUUCUGGGAAGGAGAGAUUGUUGACACAAAGAAUCAUACUUUCUUCACUGGCAAGUGGGAAGCAAAGCCUGAAGACGACAUAAGGCACUGGACCAAAUUUCCAUCUUUCUCACCCCUUCUGAGCAAAGUGGAGGUUGAUGGUGGGAGAUAUUUGGACUUAAGUAACUACCCCUGCAUAUUUAUGGUAAGAUGGAAAGAGCAAUACUUUGUGAAUGUUGGAACUGACUGUGGGUUAACCAUAGCUGGUUUCUACUAUGUUUGCUUCUCCUGUAGUGAUGGCUCCAUCAAUGGUUUCUAUUAUGAUCCCAAUAGCAG